CUGCUGGUCUCUGCAUUUAUCUCCGUCCCUCUUUCCUACCUCCCGCCCUUCUUCCGCGGCCCGCCUCCCGGCAGCAACACCACCUCCGCCCCGCGCUGCGCGGCUCCUGGCAGAGCAGUCUAUCCUGCCGCCUGUCUGCACGAGGCGGAGCAGGCAGCCGCGCUUCCCUCCAUGCGCGGUGUUGCGCGCCCGCGGAAGCACAGGGACUUUCGAGCUUGCCCAGAAGCCGCUGCUGUAAGUCUGUGACCGCGACUUGUUGGGCUCCGGACACGGUGGGGAUACGGGUGUGAAAGAAAAUGUCAGUCAGCAUGCAUGAAAAUCGCAAAUCUAGGGCCAGUACUGGCUCCAUAAACAUAUACUUGUUCCACAAGUCAUCCUACGCUGAUAGUGUCCUCACUCACCUGAACCUUCUGCGUCAGCAGCGUCUCUUUACAGAUGUACUUCUCCAUGCUGGGAACAGGUCAUUCCCCUGCCACAGAGCCGUCCUGGCUGCUUGUAGCCGCUAUUUCGAAGCAAUGUUCAGUGGAGGACUGAAAGAGAGCCAGGACAGUGAAGUCAACUUUCAUAAUUCAAUUCACCCAGAAGUCUUGGAGCUUCUUCUGGACUACGCAUAUUCCUCCAGGGUUAUCAUCAAUGAGGAGAACGCAGAAUCACUGCUGGAGGCUGGUGACAUGUUGGAGUUUCAGGACAUUCGGGAUGCUUGUGCAGAAUUUCUGGAGAAAAACCUUCAUCCCACCAACUGUCUUGGCAUGCUGCUGCUGUCGGAUGCUCACCAGUGCACCAAGCUGUAUGAGCUCUCUUGGAGGAUGUGCCUUAGCAACUUCCAGAGUAUCAGUAAAAGUGAAGACUUCCUCCAGCUGCCAAAAGACAUGGUAGUGCAACUCCUUUCCAGUGAAGAAUUAGAAACUGAAGAUGAAAGGCUGGUGUAUGAAUCAGCUAUCAACUGGGUCAGCUAUGACCUGAGUAAGCGCCACUCUUACCUGCCAGAGUUAUUGCAGACGGUGAGAUUGGCCCUCUUGCCUGCCAUAUACCUUAUGGAGAAUGUGGCCAUGGAAGAACUUAUCACCAAGCAAAGGAAAAGCAAAGAGAUUGUAGAAGAAUCAAUAAGAUGCAAGUUAAAAAUCCUACAGAAUGAUGGAGUGGUUACUAGUUUGUGUGCCAGACCCCGGAAAACUGGCCAUUCGCUUUUUCUUCUGGGUGGCCAAACCUUUAUGUGUGACAAGCUGUACCUGGUGGACCAAAAGGCAAAGGAGAUCAUUCCGAAGGCUGACAUACCAAGUCCACGGAAAGAGUUCAGCGCUUGUGCCAUAGGCUGCAAAGUUUAUAUCACUGGGGGACGAGGGUCAGAAAAUGGAGUCUCCAAAGACGUAUGGGUGUACGACACCCUUCACGAGGAAUGGUCGAAGGCUGCUCCCAUGCUGGUGGCUAGGUUUGGGCAUGGCUCUGCUGAACUCAAGCACUGUUUGUAUGUAGUAGGAGGACACACUGCAGCAACUGGUUGCCUUCCAGCUUCCCCUUCAGUAUCCUUGAAGCAAGUAGAGCAAUACGACCCCGUGACCAACAAAUGGACCAUGGUUGCCCCACUGCGUGAGGGAGUGAGCAACGCAGCUGUAGUCAGUGCGAAGCUCAAGCUGUUUGCUUUUGGAGGUACCAGCGUAAGCCAUGACAAGCUGCCCAAAGUUCAGUGCUACGAUCAGUGUGAAAACAGAUGGACAGUACCAGCCACCUGCCCCCAGCCCUGGCGCUACACGGCUGCAGCUGUUCUGGGAAACCAGAUUUUUAUUAUGGGUGGAGACACUGAAUUCUCCGCGUGCUCCGCUUACAAAUUCAACAGUGAGGCGUACCAGUGGACAAAGGUGGGAGAUGUGACAGCCAAGAGAAUGAGCUGCCACGCAGUGGCGUCUGGAAACAAGUUGUACGUGGUUGGAGGCUACUUUGGCAUUCAGAGGUGCAAGACGCUGGACUGCUAUGAUCCCACGUUAGAUGUAUGGAACAGCAUAACAACUGUGCCCUAUUCGUUGAUUCCCACGGCAUUCGUCAGCACAUGGAAGCACCUCCCCUCGUAAUUGUGUGUGUGUUGCAAUUAUGAAUUACCAGUUUACUCCUCUGUUUGGAGAAGAGAAUUGGAACCUCAGAUCUGGAGAAAUGGUUUUAAUGAAGAAAGAUCGUUCAGCAUCUCUUGUGUUUGAAGAAAAUCAUCUGCACCUUGUAAAUUAUCUAAUCUACACAUGAAGGAAUGGGAGAAAAAAACUCUUCAGUGCUUCAGCACAUAGCUUCAAUAUGAACGGACAAACCUAUGAUCAGGUCCUUGUGCUAAUAAUUGUGGAUUAAUGCCAAUAUUAAUCAGUCCUUCAAAGGAGAAAAAGAAGUGACUUCUCUGAGCUGUGCAGCACACAGCACUUGAUUUCCAUGGACUCCACUGUUUGUAUGUGGAAUUUGAAAUGGUUGUCACCUCGCUUUGUGGUGAUUUGAAGUGCCAGCCCCAGUUGCAGGGGAAACAGGCCAGGUUUGAAACAGUGAGAUGCCACUGUGAAUGAAGAUAGAGUGGUAUUGCUGCUGAACUCUGCUAACCAGAGCAUGCUUGUCUGUGGGCAGCGCCUACAGCAUCUCUUAGAUCCUGCAUUGCAUUGUCCUGUGUGCAGUGAGUGAUCUUCUGCUUGAUAAGGAGCAGCCCAGUGGUGAAAUGUUCUUGCAAUAGUGGGGAAAAAAAACUACAUUCCCCAAAUGCUCCUUGUUCCUUUUCCUCCCUGUAUUUAUAAGUAGUUCAAACUGUCCCAUUCCUAUUAUGUUACUUGUUGUAGAUAUAGCUAUUUAUUGUUCAGUGCUUGCAUGCUGAAACAAUGCCUGCAAUUGUCUUCAUGUUGCAAGGGCUUGUGUGAAUUGUUGUAUGUUUUGCACAUUUUGUGAUCGCUGACUUGCUCUGCUGCACAAAGAAAGAAAACUAUUGGGUAAAAGUUGGAGGUGGGAGGGAGGGGUGGCUUCCCAGUCAAAAAUGGAAGGAUUACAAGGCAGGAUCUUAAAUUACACAUGUACUAGAGGAAGAAGCCAUGGAGGUCACUUUCUCAGGCCACCAGCUCCCCAGGUUGCAUGUGGUGUGGCUUGUAGAUGGUGUCCUUGCUACAUUUCAUUUGUUGGUCAUGCCUUUCAAUUUCUAAUCUGGAAAUAGCCAAAAUCUCUUGCAGCUCUCUCUUUGUGCAGCUUCUUGAUUGCAACACAAAUACUGUGGAAGAGCUUCUGGAUACCAAGCCCAUAUGAAGUCAUUGUCCAAAGUUAUUUAUUUAUUUAUUGGUUUGGAGGAGGGGUACCUACAAUAUAGCCAGAUUGAUCUGAGUGAGUGGAAUAUGGUGAUUCAAGAAUAAAAACAAAAAAACCUCAAGCUAGGUUAGUGAUGAAGUCUUAAAAAACAAAAAAAAAAGAAAAAAAAGAAGAGUGCAGCAAUUUUGCACUGACUGGCUUGCCUCGUGCAUCUGGAUUUCAGAUGAUCAUCAGAGCAACCAGGUGUGAAAGACCCAAGUGCUGAAGCAAAAUUCUUAUGGGGAUAGAAAAUGAAUGUUAAACCUCUUAAAAAUAGCCCUCAAAUUCUGCUGCCUUUUAUUUUCCUUAGUCAGGUGUGCUUUUAAACACUUGGUUGCUCAAAAGCAUCAGCUACAAUUGUGAGAAACCAAACUUUUGAUCUUGAGACAGAGAUGAAGCUACUCUUUUUAUUCUGGAUUUAAGAAGCUUAUGUUUCACAGGUGCUUUCUUUGCCUGAUCCUGUCAUGAAGCUUGUAUUGUAUUGUGUUUUUUCCUAAGUGUUUCUGGAGCCCAACUUAACUGGCACAUUCAGUUCCAUGGUUGAUGUGUACUGCAGUGUAAGUAAACAGCUGCAUGCAUGCAUGCAAAACAAAAAUAGUCACAUUGGUGAUGCUUUCCUUUGUGUGACAGUGAUGUAGCUGUAUUUGUGAAAGCUUUGUCAUCUGAAAGUGUUUACACUGGUCACUGGAAGUUUCUCUGUGCUGCCUUACAUUUGACUUGCUGUUUGGAGUAGACUCUUACAUUUCAGAAAUAGGUUAUUUGGAAUUCUGUGAAUACUGAUUAAUUAGCAAAGGCAUUAGCAGUUUUUUAAAGGGUGAGGCCCACCUAGGUGUGAACAGUUAUAGUUCCUCUGGUUAAACUGAUUUCUUGAAAUGGUAGGUUAAAGAAGUGUUUAAACGCACAGCCUUUUCUUCCACCUUCCCUAAUGCCUCCCCCGCCCCAGUGUUGGUUCUUUACUCUUAGAUGGCUUUUAAGCAAUAGGAAAACAUCUUAGAUAGGGUAGGUCUCUUUUCUAUAUCCCUGCUCUUGCACAGAUUGCCCCAUUGAAGCAAACAGCCUUGAGUUGGUGUUGCCUUUCAUCUUGUGGAUCACUCCUGGGAGUGCAAGGGAGCCAUAAAACCAGACUUCCUGUGCUUUUCAUGUCCUCUUCUCAGGUGCUAGUAGCGCCUGCCCGCAGUACAAGGAAGCAGAGAACGGGGUGCCCAGGGGCCCCCUUAUUCAAACAUGGGCAGAUAGGCUUGGGACAUGUUUUUUUUCUAGAGCCCAGACGUGAAGCUGCCCUGCAUCGAACCAUUUAGCUUAUGAAAUCUGUUUUGUAGUGCCGUACAACUUCUGAAGUGGGAUGAAUUUUCUGCAGCUGUUUCCAGCGCUGUGGUCUGCUUUCAAGUUCUUGAUUAAUUCCUGUGUGUAGGCUGAAGGAAGCUGAAGUCGGGGUGGGCCUCUGGCUCUGCAGGGAAUGUGCUAGGCUCUUGCUCUUUGAAUUGAUGUGAGAAUCCUGGCUAGCUACUUGACCAUUCCAGUCUUGCAAAACAGCCCACACUUUGAAGCAAGUGCAGUUCACAGUGGAGUGCACACAAAAACCCUGGCAUAAGACAGGAAGGUUCCUCUUAUUUUGUAGGGUCGUUGCUGUAGAAACAUGUAACAAAGAGCAGCCUUCCUCUUCUGGUAUAAUUGUGCGGCCCUUUUUCUCAAAGUCUGACACCUGUCUGAAUAAGAGUGAUUAGAGCAGAAUAAUGUUCCCUUUCCUCACUAUUGAAAAUGUGGUUCAUGUGCUAAAAGAAAACUGUGCAAGUGAAGAAGUAAACUUGUCUAGGUUGUGUCUUUUUUUUUUUUUUUUGCUACUACAUCUUAAGGUUUUGUAAAACUUGCUUUUUAUUCACAAUGUGAAACUGAAGGUCAAUAAAUUAUUAGAGAUUUUCUCUCCAUGGAA